AUGUCCGACUCGUCCAUCACGAUCCGUACGCGGCGGUUCAUCCGUAACCCCCUGCUUGGCCGCGUAUGUAUUUCCCCCGCUGACAUCCUUCACCCUGGCCACGCCGGCAUCGCAAAGUCCGACCUCAGCGAGCGACUUGCCCAGCUGUACAAGGCUUCCAAGGAGCAGGUCAGCGUCUUCGGCCUGAGGACCCAUUUCGGUGGUGGCAAGACCAGCGGCUUUGCGCUCGUCUACGACUCGGUUGAGGCCCUGAAGAAGUUCGAGCCACGACACCGUCUCGUCCGUGUCGGCCUCGCUGUCAAGCCCGAGAGAGCUUCCCGCCAGCAGCGCAAGCAGCGCAAGAACCGUAUGAAGACCCUGCGCGGCACCGCGAAGGUCAAGGGCGCGAAGGCGAAGAAGGACAAAUAA